AUGUCAUACUUAGUUAAAGGAUUUAAAGGAAUGUCAUUUGGGAUAAUUUGCCUUUCUUUGCUUUGCGUGGUUAUGUGCAAGUUUGACUUCCAGAACCCCCGUUCAUUACCAAUGGGAUUACUGAUGAACACAGAUUACUGAUUUGCAUAAUAAUUCACAGCACUGCCUAUUUAUGCAAUGGGCCAGAGGUUCAGUUCGUGUCAAUUGGUGUAACUACAGCGCUGUCAGAUUUCUGGCUAGUGGAAAGCCUGUUUCUGACUGACACAAGUUUGCCCUGUUUGCAGCACCUGGUGCUGGGAGCAGGUUGUCGUAACAAAUUUGGUAUUUCUUUUUGUUUGCCGGUGGCUACCAGGCAGAUGUAAACAUCUUGACCGGUAUAAAGAGAGUGUGUGCUAUUAGUUAUCUAUUGGAUAGUGUUACUUUUAAACACUUCAUGUUCAGUGAAGUGGAGGCCUUCUGAGAAAAUGAGAGCUUUAAAAUCAAGAUCUCUCUGGGUAUGUAAAAUCAUCACUGGUUUUUAUCUCGUGUCCUGCAGGUGCAACUGUACCAGCCCACAGAGCAGUUCUGGUAGCUCGCUGUGAGGUAAUGGCAGCUAUGUUUAAUGGUAAUUAUCUAGAAGCAAGUAGUGUUCUGGUUCCAGUGUAUGGGGUUUCCAAAGACACUUUCCUCUCCUUUCUAGAGUACCUUUAUACCGACUCCUGCUGCCCAGCCAGUAUUCUCCAAGCUAUGUCUCUCUUGAUCUGUGCAGAGAUGUACCAAGUAAUGAGACUCCAGCAUAUUUGUGAGCUUUACAUUAUCACGCAGCUUCAGAGCAUGCCUAGCCGGGAACUGGCAUCCACAAGUCUCAGUAUCGUUAGCUUGCUCAAAAAAGCUAAGUUUCACAAUUCCGAUUGCCUUUCGACUUGGCUGCUUCAUUUUAUUGCCACUAACUACCUCAUCUUCAGUCAAAAGCCUGAAUUUCAAGAUCUUUCAGGUAACCUAUCGAUUACUUCUACAACAAGAAAUGUUUCUCAGUUCUGCUUAAAUCCGAAGCGAGGUACUGGACAGUACUACUUCUGCACGAGAAGACGAUGAGGACUUCUUUAGGCCACACAGUCUAGUCCAGUCCAGAGUCCGUCUGAGCUGGGUGCUGCACCACCCUACCGUGGGACCAGCACGCGACAUGUAAAGAGCAGCAUAGCCCGCAGCUGCAUCCCCUUGUCUGUUGGUUCCUCUACUGAUGGCCAGGUUCCCACCCAUAACUGAAGCAACUGGGACGGUUUGGUCAUCUUACGUCAACCCCUCCACCUUACGUAUAUAAUCUUGGUUUAGUUUGUACGUUUGAAUUGAGGUGAUGAGUCACGUCCAAUACCUGCUCUUUAAGGGCUGGGGUUUUCUUUGAAGAAAAUAGGAACCUUGCAGGAGUCUCCAGCAGAUCUCAAGAAAUCAGAUAACUAAUGCCCAUUCAAGUAAAUAAACCCAGGUUCUUCCAGGGAACUGAUAUUUAUUUUCCCAAACGGUACAUCUGUUUCCUGACACGUGACUGUAGAAAGUUUUCCUCAUUGCCUCUGGGAGUUUCCAUCCCCCUGAUGAAGGUGAUCCUGAUGGGUGCAUCUCUUUGACCCGUAGUUCAUAUUCGGACCGUCGGUACGGGGCCAGGGUAUUCCAGAAGGGGAUGUGUCGUAUCAGUGAGCCAAAGCUCUGCUUGGUCCAAAGGACGUUAAAGGUCUUCUUUGGCAUUUGCAAGGCUCGUACGUGUAUUUGUGAUGACGGACAACUUUGUAAUCAUUAUGAGCAAAGGAAGGAGAGCUCGGUCCUCCCUGCUUUCUUUGGACCUGGAAUUUGUCUUCCAGUGGCCCAUCUGCGACUCUUCUGAAAUGUCCAUUUGGUAUAGCCAGGUCUGGAUUAAACGUGGGAGAGCAGGGCACCCGUGCUGGCAGGUGUCACCCACCCGUGGGUUCGGUCCACAGCGGACUUGCUUUGCUUCCCUUCCUGCUGUUUCAGCUGACAGGGCGUGUUUGAAAGGACUUUGUGGCAUCUUCUCGCUGCAGGGCUUCGGUCUCAACCACCCCGGGGUUCUCCUGAAGCUGCAGGAAUCAGGUCGUCCCUUCUGUUUGGUGAAGGUGGGAGCUGCCUCUGGCUUCCCCUUGGUGAGGCAGGAGAGCAGAGAGACCCUUCGGACUUAGGGUCCCCGCAGGGCUCAAUCUAGGCACGUCUACUUACCCGUUUCCCAGUUCCCCAGUGGGUUACCGGUUUGGCAUUAUAGCUUAUUAAACGUUUCUUUUUCUGCUGUGGAAAGCGACAGUGACAGUGCUUCUGUCUCCACGUUGCAGUUAUCCUGAUGGAUAGCAGGCUGCACAUGAGCCUGUCGUGAAACUUAGGCGGUGAUGCUGCUGCUGAGCAUCGCUUGUCAGCACCCGUCAGCGUGUGCUCGGACAGCACCCGAGUAACUCGAGGAUGAGCUGUACAGUGUCACCACGCCAAAUGUUUGCUCUGCCAUCACCUGGAGUUUCCUCGGUGCUUUCACCAUUCACGGAGCACCCAGGGCUGCUGCAGAGCAGUACUAAAGCUGUUGGCUGUCAGAUGAGAUUUCUGAAGUCUCCGGUGGGUGACUGAUGCCAGGGUGGCCGUUUUGGAGCCAAGCACAUGGGGGCUGGCUUGAAGGAAAAGGGCACCACGCCAGUGGAGUGGUAUCCUUUGCAAUUUGGUGUCCGCACGCCCGGCAGCCUGUCCUUUGCUUUUCUCCUUCCUCUGUGUCAUAGAAAGAUAGAGUGGUUUGAGUUGGAAGGGACCUUAAAGAUCGUCUCGUUCCAACCCCCCUGCCACGGGCAGGGACACCUUCCACUAGACC